AUGAAGGAGGAAGAGGAUAGAAACUCUCGCCCUGAUGAUGGAGGAUAUCGACCAAUAUCCAACAUUCGACAUAUUCGUCCUCAGGGAAUCAAAACACAACAACUACAACGAAACCGCUUGAGAGAGAUCGAAACACUGACCAUCGCCUUCUUUUUCCAACUCAACAGUAUCAAGAAGCCCAAGACCCACCGUUACCCCUCCCUCAAGGGUGUCGACCCCAAGUUCCGCCGCAACCACAGACACGCCCUUCACGGAACCGCCAAGGCUCUGAAGGAGCGCAAGGAGGGCAAGCGCGAGAUCGCAUAA